AUGCCAAAAUGCUGGCUCAGUCUUUCGCUCUUUCUCUUCGCGGCAAAUACGUAUGCGUCAAGUCAAUCUUUUGAAAAUACCGCCAUAGUCCGCACAGUUGAACUAGGGGGGGCAGUCGUCCACGUCACAACAACGUAUGCGAUCAAGGCUCUCGAGGACGGCCAGAAAUCUUAUACGAUUGCUCUCGGACGCGGCGAAAAGGAGAUCACUAGCUUCUUAGAAGCAAAAGUGAAGGGUCAGCAGCAAGCGUUACAAGUGAAAGAACGCGUUUUAGACGUCAAUGAGGAUUAUCAUCUUUUCGAUAUCGUACUUCCGAAAUCCUUGACUACCAAUAAAACUUUAAAUCUUGUUCUGGAGACCGUUCAAACCCACGUUACAAGACCAUGGCCAGCCACUGCUGGGCAAAACGAAGAACAGGCUCUCAAUUAUUCCACGAACCUAUUCGUGCUGAGCCCAUACGCGACGUCCAUCCAACGAACCAAGAUAAAGGCAUUGACACCUCGAGUGAACUCGUUUACGAUCCCUGACCGUGUCAAAGCCUUCUCAGACUCAACCCCAGCAUCGAAAUCAGGCGCGACCGUUGUCUAUGGACCCUUUGAGGGCAUUCCACCGAGCACACAAUCUUCCUUCAUUGCAGAAUACCAGCAACCCGUCACCGUACACUACAAUCACGAGCAACCCGUUCUGGAAGUUCUCAGGCUUGAACGUAGCGCUGAAAUCAGUCACUGGGGAGCCAAUCUUAACAUCCAGGAUAACAUUGUUUUACAUAACGCUGGACCCAAAUUGAAAGGCCAUUUCUCACGUUUAGAUCAUCAGACGCAGGCCUUCUACAAGCGCCCUGCUCCUCAUGUAUUGCCUGCUUUGACCCUACAUCUUCCUUCGGGUAUCAGAAACGCGUACUACUACGAUAUCAUUGGCAACGUGUCCACGUCGAAAUUGAGAACUGCUCCUUCAGUUCCCAAGGAAAAGCAAGGGACUCAGUUCAGCGUGUUUGAGUUCAGACCUCGUUACCCUAUCCUUGGUGGAUGGAACUAUACAUUUACUCUAGGAUGGGACUCGCCCCUCGAAGAUUCUACCAGCUAUGAUAAAUCCACUGGUCGUUAUAUCGUCGAAAUCCCCAUCAUGACUCCAAUCCUAGGCGCGGUAGUCAACGACGAAGAGCUUACUGUCAUUUUGCCGGAAGGCGCAACAGAUGUCCAAUAUGCGACACCCUUCCCCGCGGGAUCGACUUCCGUCGGGACGCAUACCACCUACCUCGACACAACUGGACGCCCGGCCUUGACAUUCCAAUACAAAAAUUUGACAGUCAAACACGCCCAAACAAUAUUUGUAUCGUACAAGGUCUCGCCGUUGGCACACCUCAAAAAGCCUAUCGCUGUCGGAACGGCGUUCCUGGGCCUUUUCACUUUGGGGAUGAUCGCUCGAAGAGUGAACUUGACCCUUCACCAAAAGAAAAAGGUGUAA